UAAACAAAACACGGACUCAAUACAACGCAUUUCGGUGGAGUUUUUGGCGGAUUUUCUAAAAGCGAUGUGGUUCCAGCCUAGAAAUGGAAGAAAUCACCAUUUACGAUACAACCAAAUCCAAAACCAUAGCGCUUCCUGCCUUGGAUUGCGAUCAAACCAUCGGGCGCGGGGAUUAUCUGGAGUGUGAUGAUAAACGGGUAUCACGAAACCACGGAACAAUACGAUUGACCAAGGACGGGGAAAUUCCCGUUGUGCGCGUUACUGCACUCCACGGAACCAACUUCAUAUAUUAUCGAUGCAAACAGUCCGCGGAACAGAGCCGCCUGGUAAAAGAUGAAAGUGUCCUGCUUAAACCGGGAGACCAGUUUGGUCUUCUCCCUGAUAGCUAUUGGUAUGAGAUCAGGGGAAAGGAAAGCAAUAAUGAGGAGGAUACACAACCUUCGGAAGAACCGCUAUCUGAGCAAGCGGAUACACAACCUUUGGAAGAACCGCUAUCUGAGCAAGCGGAUACACAACCUUCCGGACAACCUUUACGAGUACUCUCCGUAGAUGAAGUGAACAGCGAAGUAGAUAACAAUUUAGAUGAUACACCCGGCACCGCGCCGAAUGCGAAACGUAAACCCGAUGAUAUGUCCAACGAUGACGCGGAAUCAGACGGGGCAAGAAAGCGAGUUUGUACGGAUGGGGAUGGCCAAGUUGCAUCCACUUCUUCAACUUCUACUACUAUUACCAAUUCACCGAGUACGCAAGAAGAGAACAAUAUUGUAAAACCCAUUAAAACAGAUCCCGAUGCGACGCCUUCUGCGUCGAUCGCGGUGGUCGUCAAGCCUGAUCCGGCGGCCACGGUCAGUGCUACGAACGACGUGAAGCCAAUAGUAUCUAACACAUCUAUCCUUAUUUCCAAUGCGGCACCAUUACGUCCGUCUUGUGAUUUCGGGAUCCGAUGCUAUCGUGCUGGCAGCGAUCAUCGGACGCAAUUUGCCCAUCCAGGUGAUCGUGAUUAUAGGAGACCCGACUUUCCUCCGGCACCUCCGGACGCACCCUUUUGCCCAUUUGGCGCCAGGUGCUACCGACGAAAUCCGCAGCAUUUUGUAGACUUCCAGCAUCCAGAUCCGAGUUCAACAACUCAUUCAGCAGGACGGAGGUCUACUUCUGAUGCUGCGACAGCUGCAGCUGCUGCUGCCGCUCUUUUGGCGCGAUAUGUAGGCAGUGAUGGCUCGGAAGAAGACGAUAUAGACGAAGAGGAGUCAGGAACUGAUUUCGAUGGUUCAUCAUCCGACGAGUAUGUUCCAGGACGUGGUGAUGAUGUAGACAGUGAAUCGGAAGCCAAUAGUAACGACGAUGAGAAUGACGAAGAAUAAUCUAAACUGGAUGGUAGUUGAUUAACAAGAUUGCGUCUUUCCUAAAAAAAACCCUUCUCAUAGAUGCCUGAUAGGUGCCUGAUAUGCCGAGGGAGUUAUCAAUUUCAUGUAAAAAGUUAAGUAUUUGGUUAAGUUUGUGAAAUAAAAGGAGCUUAAGUAGUAAAAAUAUUUACUAACCAGUUUAUAUUUUAAGGCAAUGUAGAAUACUACCACACACGAACUAAUGCAGUGAAAUGUUAUUUUAUAAAAUAAACUAAAGCCAAACACAUUUAACAUUGCGUUAUUUGGAUGAAGAGC